AUGUUUGGCAAUAUUCAUGUCCCAUUACUGUUACUCGGCUUCUCCCACGUCGCUCUUGCAUCUACCGAGGAUCUCCUCGCAUGCCUCUCCGGAGCACAAAACCUGACUGUGGUUUCGCCCGACUCACCUUCCUAUAACACAGAUCGUUUGACAUUCAACCGUCGGUUCGCCUAUCGACCCGCUGCUAUCGUCUAUUCGACAGGCGUGCAAGAUGUACAAGUGGCCGUUCAAUGUGGCGCAUCGAGCGGAACACCUGUUGUUGCUCGGUCAGGGGGGCAUUCAUACGCAGCUUAUGGUACCGGGGGGCAGGACGCGAGCCUUGUGAUUGACUUGUCAAGGAUGGCUAGUCUGACAUUGAACAAUCUUACGGGAGAAGCCACCGCACAAACCGGGAUCAAGCUAGGCCCGCUCGCUCAAGGGCUCUGGGAUCAAGGCAGGCGAGCACUACCUCACGGAAUAUGCCCAUAUGUAAGCUAUGAUACUACCGAGCACGAUACCUUUGAAACUAUUGUUUAUAUAUUAUCGCGCGUGCGCGCAGAGGUAGUUCUGGCCAACGGUACCGUAGCUACUGCUGCAUUCGAUCGCAAUCCAGACUUGUAUUGGGCGCUCCGCGGGGCAGGCCCUUCCUUUGGUAUUGUAACGGCUUGGACGUAUGCGACAUUACCUGCUCCCAACAGCAUCGGCUACAUCCUCACGCUAAAGCCAGCCGCAGGCGACAAAACACCUAUCAUUGACGCAUUUAAUCACUUUCAGACCUUUGCUCGUAACGCACUGCCAACUUGGGGCAUAGUCCUGGCAGUUGUUCCAGACGGACCUAAUAAACUAGCUUUCGAAAUAUCAGGAAACUUUAUGGCUCAACGGAUUCACAUGGAUCGAGCAUUGGCCAACACAGCGGGCUCGCUGAGCACUGUAUCUCCUGAACCUUUGAUAACUUUUAUGCCAAGUCACUCAUGGUCAAAGAACCCGUUUCUAAUUCUCGCUCGCUAUGGGUCGACUAUAUGUACACUCAAGGAACAGCGAGUGAUUUAG